AUGGGCUGUCGCGUAACGGUGGGAUUUCGAAACCUUACUGUAACAGCUUCAGGGAGUGCAGAGACGCUCGUAUCAGCCUACGAGCCUCGAUCUCGUGGCCGCCCACAAUGGAUGCCUGGUUUGGAGCUGACAACACAGGAGCAGCUUCUCAGGGACGAAAAAGACGGUACUUACGACGCCUUGACAAUUCAGCAUGACGCGACUCGACAGUCAUCUGUCAAAUCCAAGCAGGCUUUGGUGGCAAUGGGAAAUAGCCGCGGUGGCUUGCGCUUAACAUUCUUUGAGGUUGCUGCCAACGCAGCUGCUUGUGCGCAGCAAACACAAGCCUAA